ACUUGUGACCAUCUCUUGGCUUUGCAGUGUUUAAAGCUGAGGCAGUGGAGUCUGGGGCAAGUCUUGCUUUGAAUUUGUGGCUGCCGGGAUGGAGCCUCUGGGGACAACCACAGUCCUUCUGAUCGUCUGUAUCUGCUGCCUUGUUCUUUCUGCCAUCUGGAAAAGCAGGUCCCACAAGAAAGGGAAGCUGCCCCCCGGACCACCUCCAUUGCCCAUCAUUGGGAAUGCCCUGCAGCUGAAGACCAACCACUUGGACCAGACUCUAAGCAAGCUGAGUGAGAAAUAUGGCCCUGUGUACACACUCUAUUUCGGAGUGGAGUGUGUUGUGGUCCUGCAUGGAUACAAUGCCAUCAAGGAAGCCCUGGUCGACCGGGGCGAGGAGUUUGCCGCCCGGGGAAAGCUGCCCAUAGGAGACGUGGUCAGGAAAGGGCAAGGGAUCAUCUUCAGCAAUGGGGAGAGAUGGAAGCACCUCCGGCGUUUUGCCCUGACCACCCUCCGCAACUUUGGAAUGGGGAAGAAAAGCAUCGAGGAGAGGAUCCAAGAUGAAGCCCAGUAUCUCCUGGAGGAGUUACGGGACACAAAGGGAAAGCCCUUUGACCCGACCUUCUAUCUCAACUGUGCAACCUCCAACGUCAUCUGCUCCAUCGUCUUUGGAAAGCACUUCGUCUACAACGACAAGAAGUUUCUGCACAUCAUGGCCUUGUUGAAUGAUAGCUUCAAGGUUGUUAGCUCUCCUUGGGGACAGCUUUUCAACGCCUUCCCUUCCUUCAUGAGCGUCAUCCCUGGCCCUCACCACCGGAUAGUGCCCAACACCUUGAAAGCCAAGGAUUUCAUUUUGGAGGAAGCCAAGGAGCACAGGGCUACUCUGGACCCCAACGCCCCUCGGGAUUUCAUUGACUGCUUCUAUAUUAAAAUGGAUCAGGAAAAACACAACAAGGAAUCCGAGUUCACCACCGAGAAUCUGCUCCUCUCCACAUACGACUUGUUUGUGGCAGGAACGGAAACCACCAGCACCACGCUCAGAUACGGGUUCCUGAUCCUCCAGAAAUACCCAGAGAUAGAAGAGAAAGUCCAGGAAGAGAUUGAUCGGGUGGUUGGCCGCUCGCGAAGGCCUUGCAUGGCGGACCGUGGCCAGAUGCCUUUCACGGACGCUGUCAUCCACGAGGUCCAGAGGCUCAUCUCUCUCGUCCCACUGAGUGUCCCCCAUGCGGUGGUCAGAGACACUCCAUUCAGAGAAUAUGUCAUCCCCAAGGGAACCACAGUAUAUCCUAUUCUGACCUCGGCAUUGCAUGACUGCAAGGAAUUCCCCAACCCCACAAAGUUUGACCCCCAACAUUUCCUGAACAAAGACGGGAGCUUCAGGAAGAGCGACUACUUCAUGCCCUUUUCUGCAGGCAAGCGGAUCUGUGUAGGAGAAGGCUUGGCCCGCAUGGAGCUCUUCUUGUUCUUGACCACCAUCCUCCAGAACUUCAAGCUGAAGCCCCUCACAGACCCCAAGGAGAUCGACAUUACACCUCUGAUGAGUAGUACCACCAACAUCCCCCGGCCCUAUCGGCUCUGCGUUGUCCGUCGCUGAGAAGGCCACCUCCAGAUGGCCUGGGAUCUGGCAGAGGUUUUGAAGUCUGGGAAACUCUGCUUUGACAUCUGCAGGGGAAGCAAAAGCAUUGAUGCCUGACAGCCACUGCAGAGCAAAUGGAAAACGUGGGCUCCGACAAAUCUGCACAUGCACAUGAGCAUGGAGCUUAAGCUGCUUUAACUUUAUGCUCCAAUAUGCUUGCAUUCUGCCUAAAAUUUUCUCUGUUGCAGCUGUUCCCAGACUUUGGUCCUCAGGAUUUUUUGGGACUUUAGUUCCCAGAAUUCCUGACUGUUGCCCAAGUGAGCUGGGGCUUCUGGGAGCUGAAGUCCAAAACACCUGAGGGACUAAAGUUUGGGAAUCGUUGCUUUAUUGUAUUAAAUUUUAAACUGUUUAAUUUUGAUUUUAUUGGUGUGGCACCCUGAAAUUCAAGAGGUAAUCUAGGAUGUAAAUAUCUCAAUUAAUGCAGUAGAAUAAAUAGCAUUGCUUUAGAAGUGA